UUGGGAAGUACUACGUACUGUAGUGACUCGAGCGAUUGUGUGUGGAGUGAAACCUGUUGUUCAGAUAGCGUCUGUAGAGACAAUUGUUACUACUGCACGUACAGCUAUCAAUGUGGUACAGGCGAAGAAUGUUGUAACCACGAAUGCACCUAUUCAUGUAUUUCGUAUGCUGGAUCCAUUGCAGGCGCUGUCAUUGGUACAAUAAUUUUCUUCGCCAUAAUCAUUUCCAUUGCAUCCUGCUGCUGCUGUGCUUGUUGCCCAUACUACCGCUAUCGUACAACCGGCACUGUGGUCGUCACCCCACAGCUUUAUCAACCGUACGUAUCAAAUCAUACCCAUAUGAUAAUGACGCAGCAAAUACAAGCUCCUCCGCCGGUCAACUACAACCAGCCACUUCCAGGUUACCUACAGCCUCCUUCGGGACACAAUCAGCCUCCUCCGCCUUACCCAAGCUACCCUCCGCCUUCAACUCAGCAUCCCCCUCCUCAAGGAUAA